AUGAAUGAAGAUGUGAAUACCGUCAGCCCAACACUCGGCUUCAUCAUCAAAACCAUCGACUAUGAGGGUUACAAGCUCAACAUUUGGGAUGUUGGCGGCCAAAAAACAUUGCGGUCGUACUGGAGGAAUUACUUUGAAAAGACGGAUGCGUUGAUCUGGGUGGUUGAUGCCACGGAUAGGCUGCGCAUCCAGGACUGCAAAGAGGAACUCCACGGUCUGCUCCAGGAAGAGCGACUGUCGGGAGCGAGCUUGCUUGUGUUUGCCAACAAAACUGAUGUAAGGGGGUGCAUGACUGGAGACGAGCUACGGGAAGCUUUGCAACUCGAUGAAAUCCGAACACACAAGUGGAAUAUUCUGAGGUGUAGUGCCAUGACUGGAGAGAAUCUCAAGGAGGGCUUGGCGUGGGUGGUUGAAGAUGCAAAGGCACGUCUUUUCUUGUACUGA